CGGAUGCGAUGCUGCGCCGCUUUGCCUCGCUCGCGUGCUGAAAUGGACCGAACCGGGUCGCGAGCGUCCUUCCUCAUGGCUCUUGCGUUGGUGCGGAAGAGACUGAACUGAAGUGAAGCGUCGCCCACAAGCGGAUGCGUCCCGGACCCGUGGGGCAUAAACGAGGGAAGACAGCACCGAAAGGAUCGGAUAUUCUAGAUGCCUGAAAGUGGAAGGCAGUCACAUGGGAAGAUGGACAACUUUCCAAGAGGAAACACAUCAGGUUCAUGCAUCAUGUCAUAAAAGGCAGGCAGGAUGGAGGGAGAGAGCGCGGGUUUGAGGGCGGGGCCUGCGAAGACUCGGCGUCUGAUUGCCUGCUGCGUGCUUCUUCUCUUGGCAUUGAUGCUUGUCUCCAUAGCGACUACAAGCACACCUGUGUCCGAGAAACUCCCGUCCGGGCUAUCCAAACGGGACUUUGGAUUCUUCCCGACACACGCAGGUUUACAACAAGCUCCGAUCUCUUUAUCGCAAUACUCCGAAAACCCCAGACGCAAAGCUCAUACCAAGCAUUCUGCAUACCCUGUUCGCCAUGCCAAUGCAUCCCGCAUCGCUCCAACUCCAUCCCUAGGUGCUGAUGGUGGCUCAGGUAACCUAGGUGAUAGCGCACAUGGCAUUCACCUGCUGCUACGCCCACCAGACCUUCUCACACCAAGUCAGAUGCCUCCUCUUCAUGGUCACAGCCCACUUACACCAGCUCCUCCUACUUUGCUCACCCAUGAAGACCUGGACUCUGCUCAGUCUACAGAGGUGGACUGGGGUUCUGGAGACUAUCUGGAGACUUUAACCUUCAUGGGAUCUGAUGGGGAGGACCUUUCUCUGGUCACCACCAUUCCCACACAUGGGUAUGACUCAUAUGAGUCUGAGGAGGACAGCGCUGGGGUUCGUUACAAUACCGACUUUCCAUUACGCCCAGUUUUAACCCUCUCCUCUAGGCAUCUCCUACCAAGUGCAACCCUCAGAUAUGGAACUAGCCUAAGGACUGCCCAUCCCUCUGAUCCCCGCUUGCCCUAUGUCCCUGAUACUGCCCAGGAUGACCUGGAUUUUGACUGGGCAGAACUGUACCCUAUUGAGCCCACUGAAAUGCUGCUUCCAGAUAUGAAUAGUAUGGAGUACUAUAAUGCACUACUGGCCAAAGAAAAUGCUAGUGCUGCUCGCAACCAGACACACCUGAGCCCCCCUCAUAUCACUCCCACAGCAACCCUCACACAGCCUACAGUUUCCACACAAACACUUGCCCCUUCUCUAGGUAUGGACCCAAGAACAGUAACGGAUCAAGUAGAUACACCUCACCCCAUACCCGGAGUUACCCCGACCCCGCCACACAAAUCUACUGUACUCCCUAUUUCUCCUACAGAUCAUCAACAUCCUGCUGAAAUACCUCUUUACCCAGGGAAGGGGUCACCUCAUCCAGCUUUUCCAGAUUUUAAAGCAGGCAGUGACCAACAUGUAGUUCUUACAGCUCCACCAGAGAUCCCACAGGGUUCAGUCCUCCAGGCUGUAACAGUCAAAAUCCCAUCUGCUCACAAACCUCGGACACCUACCAGAGCCACGACUACCACUACAACAACAACUACAUCUGCCGGGCCCACUAAACAAAUACCUCCUGCUCCCAGAAUCCCUCUUUCUAAUGCACCUCGGCAGUAUGUCUGCAACAUCACAAAGCAAGAUAUGUACCUGGUCAGAGUGGGUAUGCCAAGUGCGACCUCUGUGGCGUUCGCGAAAACUCAUGUGAAGGAGAUUUUGAGACGAGAGUUCAACCGGACCGUGGAACUGCAGGUUCUUAAAGCUCCGCCCAAUUUUGUUUUCCGGGCCGUGUCUGGCCCACUCAUAUAUACAGCAGUGUCGAUCAUCAACACUCUCCGCCAAUCAGCACGCAGCACUUCAUCUUCCACCAUCCUCACUGUUACACCCAUAUAUCCUGUACCUGAUAACAUCAAUCAGGUCCACUCAGUGUUGCAGUUUGUGCCGAGCCACGUGGACGUGCGAGUGUGCAGCUUCAGCGAGCGUGUGGAGAGAGGACUCUUCAUGGCUUAUUCGGAAGUGCGCAGGCGAUCGCAGGAGAAUGGAAACUUCACUGUACAUAUCUUGAACAUCACCAUCAGUUUGGCAAAAGGCCAGAAGCAGCAGAAAACUCCGGUGGACAUCACGUUUGCCAUCCGCGAUUCCCACGGCUACCUCAGAGGCUCCGACGUCAGCGCUCACCUGAGACAGCUGCAUGUGGUGGAGUUCAGCUUCUACCUGGGAUUUCCUGCAGUGCAGAUCGCAGAACCUUUUCAUUAUCAGCUGAAUGUAUCUCAUCAUAUGCGAUCGUCCUGGGUAAAGACUGUGUUACUGGGUGUGUUAGAUCAGCGUGUGAGUGAGAGGACGUUCCAGGCUAAAAUGGAAAGGAGACUGGCUUUGUUGGUGGGGGAGGGGCUUGGACUCAGCAGUGGGCGACGCUGGAGAAGAGCGACAACCGUGGGCAACAACAGCGUGCAGAUUGUACGAGCUUUACGCCUGGACGGGGCAGAUAACCCUCUAGAGUUGGUGUAUUUUGUGGAGGCAGGGUCAGGAGAGAGACUGUCUGCUCAGACCACUGCUGCCAUGCUGAACAGACUUAACCUGCAGAGGGCAGCCAUCGUGUUGGGCUACCGUGUGCAUGGAAUACUGGCUACACCGGUGGAGAAGUUAUCCCUGGCCCCCUCUGAGACACAGCCCAGUAAUGUGUGGCUGAUUAUUGGGGUUGUGGUCCCUGGGGUGGUGGUCCUCAUCAUCAUCAUCAUCCUCUACUGGAAACUGUGCCGCUCCGAGAAACUAGAGUUCCAACCAGAUGCCAUGAGCACCAUCCAACAGAGACAGAAGCUACAGGCCCCAAGUGUAAAAGGCUUUGACUUUGCCAAGCUCCACCUUGGACAACAAAGUAAAGAUGACAUCAUGGUAAUCCAAGAACCCUCCCCGAUGCCACCAUCUGUCAAAGAGGCCACGCCCUCUGAAGGUGGAGAACUAAACACACCCAAAUCCAAAAACUCGUCCACUAAAGUGUCACGUGCAGCUCGAAGAAGGAGCAGAUUGUCUCCAUCCGAUGGUGAUUCGUUGGCUAGCGAGGUGUCCAGUGGCCGAGAGUCAGCAGAGGAAAGCACCAGACCUGCAAUCACACCCAGUGACAGCAAACCUCAUCACCGCAAGAGCAAACAUGCGAAGAACAAACUUGCAGGGGCGACAUCGGGCAGCGGUGCUGAUGAACAGUUAUCUUCUUCCUCCAUAUUUGACCAUGUGGAUCGCCUGUCUCGAGGCUCAUCUGACGGAACACGACGGAUUUCCAAUAAGGUCCAGUUAAUUGCCAUGCAGCCUGUGCCGAGCCCGACCUCUCAUUCGCAUAAUCAAGCUCUAAGCCCUGCCCUCAGUGAAAGAAUGAUGGAUGGAAGCAAGGUUAGCUCUGAGAUCCAGGUUGCUCUCAGGCACAAGUCUGAGAUCGAGCACCAUCGCAAUAAGAUACGACUACGUGCAAAGAGAAAAGGCCACUACGAGUUUCCAUCCAUGGAGGACAUUAUAGCGGUGUUUGGAGACAGUUCAGAGCAGCAGCGAGUCUACCAGCAAGCCCAGGAGCAAAUACACAAGAUCCUACAUCCUGAUACACAAACCCCCUCACCGAACGGAGAGCCUCACAGGAGGGCCAGACGUUCUCCCAGACAGCGUCAAAGGCAGAAUUUGAGUGGAAACAGCAGCCUGACUGAUAAAGAUCGUCUCAUUAUGGAUGGCGAUGCCACGUACCGAAAAUACCCAGGAGUUAACAAUGUGGCCUACGUGUCAGAUGCAGAUCAGCUUCCUGAUGUCGAUAGCCCCUCACCGACCAAUGAGGUAUUUCUUGACCCGGGGUCUCCACCUCCUGGCCCUGCCCCUGCUCCGCCUGCUUAUAUUCCACCUCAGCCAACCAUUGAAGAGGCACGGCAGCAAAUGCACUCCUUGUUAGAUGAUGCAUUUGCACUGGUCUCGCCCUCCUCACAGACUAGCUCCGCCCCGUUGAACCUCAGUGGAGGUACGGCAAUUCCUGGGGUGGAAGUGGUCAGUCCUGUUCCACCGUGUAGUCCACCACCACGUUCUGUUCGCCAGUGGGGCUCUUCGUCCUAUCCAGCAGCCCCUGCCCACAGUCCUUUCUCUGCUAGAUAUGCUGAAUUAGGAAUGUCCCCUACAUCUGUGCAAAACUUACUGCAGAGGCAGUCCCUAGGUUCUGGAUAUCUAGCAUCCGGAGAGCUACAAUCUGAUCCAGGUUACUCCAGCAGGGGGCAGUAUGGAGAUGAUAUCCCAUCGUCCCCCCGGCCACGACCAGUAGGGGGCAGCACAGGUGCACAGUUGCAUCAGCUGACACAGGUAGGUUUAUCUAGUCGGAUCAGUGUGUAUCCCGGAGUGGGACGCAGUGUUUCCGGACUCUCAGGAUCCAGCUGGGCCCAGUACCGCUCCGAUGAAGAGAUCUCCAGGCCUGGAAACAAUCGAGAGGCUAUCCUGUCAUUCCCUGAGUACUCCUCAUCUCCCGUGUUUCAGAUGCCCAGGUCAUCAAUAAGAGAUCCUUCCACACCAACAGCAGGAUACACUGGGCUGGAGGAAUCCUCUCCACCUGUGCAGUCCUCAGCCUCACUUAUUAAGGCCAUCAGGGAGGAGCUGCAAAGACUCUCCCAGAAACAACCAGCCAUGGCCGGCUACCAGAGCUGAGAAACACCAAACCAAACCCAAACAGAGGCUAAACUCCACCUAUAGCUGGUUGCUGGAACUGCUGAUUUUAAACAUGCUACCUAAUCCCCCACUGAACACACGCACCAGAGCCAAGGUUUGUUUGAACCCUAUUUCUAUCCCUAUUCAGCACACUGGACUGCAACAAGAGACACCACUUCAACAGAACAUGUCGAAAAGAGAGAAAAAAAAUACCACAAAUGAAACAUCACUAACUUAAAAAUACAACAAGUCACCUCACCCACGAUAUCCAAUAGAAACUCUUCUCUCCUAAAGUGCAUGCUAUUUAAAAUAGUGAAAGAGAAGAAGAAGAAAAAAAGGAAAUUGUUUGUGAUUUUUUUUUUUUCCCUUUCUCAAAUCCAGCGUGAGACCCCCUCCUUCUAUCUCCUCAGUGCCAUUUUUACAUGUCCGUCAAAGUGCUUCCUUCAGAAGGGUCAUCAUUCAGCCCCUCGACUUCCUCUGGUGCUAAAUCUCAUUCCUGUUUCCACCAAUCGUCCUUGAAACCUGAAGCACUGGUAAAGCAGUGGUCAGCAGGGUCUUUUCCUUUGAAUCCACUUUUUUGUGUUACGAUUUCAGAGUAUGUCAAACAGGGAAAUAAAUAGUCAAGUGUACUUAGAGAAGGAUGUUUUUCAUUGUAUUUCAGGAGAAAAGGGCUUUCAAAGGAUGUGAGUCAAGCUGAUGGCGUGGCAUCAAACCGAGAAUGGUGGCUGUGAACAAAGCGCGUUAUAUUUGGAUGUACAGCAGCCAAAGAGAGAGAUCUCAGAACAAGAGGCACAAUAUAUAUAGAAGUUCUAUUUAUAAGACCACUGACACAUCAUUUGUACAACUACACAUUUUUGUACUGUGAAAAAGCAAAGGUUCAGCUUUGGAGGUGUUCUUAAACUGUUAAAUGAUCCAGAACAUCUUGAUAAAUAAAGUGUUUAACAGUAGCCAAAUUAACUUUCCUGUGUGGGAAUUGGACCUGAGGUAGAUAUGUAAUGCAUAGAAGGAUACAACCUGAAAAAGAGCAAAGUUACUGUUGUGACUACUGUUACUAGCAGCAUAUCCUGAAAUGUUUUAUUCCACUUUUACUACAGCAACUUGCCCAGAAAACCAGUCCAUUAAAAUUUUGGGUCUAAUGCUGUGGAACAUCCGAGAAACCAAGUUAGUUCCUGUUAUCACUUGUGUUAUAACAACUGGGAAGUAGUCGUUGGUGGACGAAGUACACAAACCAUUAUAUACAGUAGGUAAAAUAUGACUCCAGUAAAAGUAACUUUCACUUGAUUAAAAGUACAAAAGUAUUUGCCUUCAAUUGUACUUAAGUAUC